CCUGCCCGUGCUGCGCUUGUUGCAGUGAGCGCGGAGGGUUUGUGCGCUCUCACGUUACGCGUAUGAAGUUGUGGACAAGACAAGAGGAUAUCGAAGACAUAGGCUACAGCCACUUAAGAGGAGGGUGAAAGUACAGGCUCCCUUCGCUCGUUUCACUCUUUAAGCUGGGAAAUACAACUAAGUCCUCGGAUAGCGGCUGAGAAAAAAAAGCAGGAAAACGAGUUUGUGGCAUUUAACUGAGGGACCAAGCAUACCCAACAGUAUGCGGUGCAGUUAUGGCAGGCAAGGGUAAGACCGUCGUGAGGACGCUGGAGGAUUUAACGCUUGAUUCUGGUUAUGGUGGAGCUGCGGACUCGGUCAGGUCGUCCAGCGUGUCGCUGUGCUGCUCCGACACGCAUCAGUCCAUCGCGCAUGGGGGCAACUGCUGGCAUCUGACCGAAUCAAUGCACAGCAGACAGAACAGUUUGGACACAGUCAACACCGUCCUGGCGGAGGACACGGAGAUACUGGAGUGCUCGGGUCAGUGCGCCAAGCUGCCCGAGCUGGAGGACGUGCCAUGGAGCCUCGGCGAGGUGGAGGGCGCACUGAGGAAAGACGAGGAGCUGAUGGUGGGCAACCCGCCGCCGGAGGUCCUGGCGCGGCUGUCGGCUCUCAUCAGCCGCGCGCUGGUGAGGGUGGCCCGGGAAGCGCAGCGGCUCAGCCUGCGCUACGCCAAGUGCACCAAGUAUGAGAUCCAGAGCGCCAUCAAGGUGGUGCUCUCAUGGACCAUCUCUGUCAACUGCAUCGCGGCGGCUCUCAGCGCCCUGUCCCUCUACAACAUGAGCACCGGGGACAAGUUCAGCCGAGGCAAGUCGGCGCGCUGCGGGCUGGUAUUCUCCGUGGGGAAGUUCUUCAGGUGGAUGGUGGAUAGUCGCGUGGCCCUCAGGAUCCACGAGCACGCUGCCAUAUACCUCACCGCCUGCAUGGAGAGUCUGUUCAGAGAGGUGUUCAGCCGCGUCCUGCGCAGCGCGCUGGUGGAGAGGGACAACGGGAUCCCCAAGUUUACGCUGGAGUCACUGGAGCAAGCCAUCAACAACGACUCGGAGAUCUGGGGUCUGCUGCAGCCGUACCAGCACCUCAUUUGUGGAAAGAAUUCGAGUGGUGUGCUGAGCCUGCCGGAGAGUUUGAACCUGCACAGGGACCAGCAGCGCUUAGGGAGGGGGGGUGAGGGUCAGGGAUACACCCAGGCCGAGCUCCGCACGCUGGAACAGUCGCUGCUCGCAACCCGGGUGGGCAGCAUCGCAGAACUGAGUGAUCUGGUAUCCCGGGCCAUGCACCAUCUCCAACCCCUGCACAUCAAGAACCCCAGCAACGGGACUCCGGUCCACCAGAAGACCACCAACAUCACAGUGCACUGGGAGCCCGAGGCCCUCUACACACUGUGUUACUUCAUGCACUGUCCACAGAUGGAGUGGGAGAACCCCAACGUUGAGCCAUCCAAAGUCACUUUACAGACUGAGAGGCCGUUCCUGGUACUGCCUCCGCUGAUGGAGUGGAUCCGGGUGGCUGUCGCCCACACCGAGCAUCGACGAAGCUUCUCUGUGGACAGCGAUGACGUGAGGCAGGCUGCCAGGCUGCUGCUCCCCGGUGUGGACUGUGAACCACGACAAAUAAAAGCGGAGGAUUGUUUCUGUGCCACGAGAAAGCUGGAUGCCGCCUCCACAGAGGCCAAGUUUCUGCAGGAUUUGGGCUUCAGGAUGCUCAACUGCGGACGGACGGACCUGGUCAAGCAGGCCGUGAACCUGCUGGGGCCCGAUGGCAUUAACAGCAUGAGCGAACAGGGAAUGACCCCUCUCAUGUACGCCUGUGUACGCGGUGAUGAGGCCAUGGUUCAGAUGCUGCUCGACGCCGGAGCCGACAUCAACAGCGAGGUGCCAAGCACAGUAAACAAGCACCCCUCAGUUUAUCCUGAAACACGCCAGGGGACGCCACUCACUUUCGCCGUGUUACAGGGACACAUCCCUGUCGUGCAGUUGUUGCUGGAUAACAGAGCGAAUGUGGAGGGCGCCCUGCAGGAUGGGGCGGAGAACUACACGGAGACCCCGCUUCAGCUGGCCUCUGCUGCAGGUAACUUUGAGCUGGUGAGUUUGCUUUUGGAAAGAGGGGCCGACCCCAUGAUCGGGACCGUGUGUCGAAACGGCAUCUCCUCUGCCCUGCUGGGAGACAUGAACUCAUACAGCCUGGCAGCAGCACACGGUCACAGGAAUGUAUUUCGUAAGCUCCUGUCCCAGUCGGAGCAGGAAAAAGGGGAUGUGCUGUCCCUGGAGGAGAUCCUGGCCGAGAGUUCGGAUCCCGCGGUGAAGAGGUUGGCGCCGCAGGCCAACGGCGGAGGGACGCUGCGAACAGGAAAGGCCAGACUGAGGGCCCUGAGAGAGGCCAUGUACCAUAGCGCAGAGCACGGCCAUGUGGACAUCACCAUAGACAUCCGCAGCUUAGGUGUUCCCUGGACGCUGCACACCUGGCUCGAGUCCCUGCGUACCUGCUUCAUCCAGCACCGCCUGCCGCUGAUCCAGGGCCUGCUCAAAGACUUCAGCUGCAUCCAGGAGGAGGAGUACACAGAGGAGCUCAUCACGCACGGCCUGCCGCUCAUGUUCCAGAUCCUCCGAUCCAGCAAGAACGAGGUGAUAAGCCAGCAGCUGUCAGUCAUUUUCACCCAGUGCUACGGGCCCUUCCCCAUCCCUAAACUGACAGAGAUCAAGAAGAAGCAGACCUCGCGCUUAGACCCCCACUUCCUUAACAACAAGGACAUGUCUGAUGUUACUUUCCUGGUGGAGGGGAAACCGUUUUAUGCACAUAAAGUUUUGCUGUUUACAGCUUCAGCCAGGUUCAAGUCACUGCUCCAGAACCGGCCCGCAGCAGAGAACACCUGUAUCGAGAUCAGCCAUGUCAAGUACAAUAUUUUCCAUUUGGUCAUGCAGUAUCUGUACUGUGGAGGCACUGAGUCUUUGCACAUACGCAACACUGAAGUCAUGGAGCUCCUGUCUGCAGCCAAAUUCUUCCAACUUGAGGCCCUUCAGAGACACUGUGAGAUCAUCUGCUCCAAGAACAUCACCACGGAAACCUGUGUGGACCUCUACAAACAUGCCAAGUUCCUCGGUGCCUCGGAGCUCACAGCUUUCAUCGAGGGUUAUUUCCUGAAGAACAUGGUGCUGCUGAUUGAACUCGACGGCUUCAAGCAGCUGCUGUAUGAGCCUCCUCCUGCAGAGAGCCCCGCGUCCAGCCCCGGCAUCUGCUCCGACAUCCUCCUCGACCUGGAGAAAACUCUGGCCACGCGCAUCCACUCCAUCCACCUCUCCACCUCCAAGGGCUCCGUGGUGUGACGUCGUCCUCUCCGAAGCCCUCCGAUCCAGGCGCAGCAUCCAUGUAACACCACCUCUAACGUCCAGUGCCCUGCUACACAGCCCCAUCCACCCCUCCUGGCCCCACUGCUGAAGAGGGGCUGUCAGAUGUUUUUAUGUCAGGGAUUCCUUUUAAUUCUGCCUGUUGCAGCAUCCCCCCCACCACCACCACCUUCCCUCCCUCCCAAGGGUUAAUGAUGGCAUACUUGACAAAAUCAGAGAGAGAACUUUCUCGCUUUGUCAGAGGCUUAAACUCUGUUGUCCUAAUGGCUCCCACUGAUCACUUCACACCCCUACAGUAACAAAAACUGUCAAAAAAAA